GCACUUUGUGACAUCAGCUGAUGUAAGAAGGGCUAUAUAAAUUUGAUUUGUCCAAACAUGUGACUGGGAUUGUACAUUCACACGUACAGUACCAGAUAAAAGUUUGUACACACCUACUCAUUCAAGGAUCUAGGAGACAAUACGUAACGAGGGGUAGAUGCCUAGAUGAUUUUAGUAGUUCCAUGAGUUAGCCAUGGUUGGUAGCUAUAUGGGCACAGUCACAGACAAGCUCUCACACCCAACACCCAUGAUGGAACUGUCGAGUCGAUUGUGCGUUACCAAAAGAGGACGGGGUGAUUGAACAACGCUGCAUAGAAUGUGCUUUAGCUGAAAUUGCUGGCAUAUUUUGAAGACUCGUUUCGCUUGGAGAACCUUAAAACAGAGGCUCAAUGGAUCAGGGCUGCAUUAGCAUAGUCUCUGGUGCCCCUGCUGGCCCGAUGGUUCAAGUAUGCUUCCCCGGUGUGCGUGCAGCAGUUUUGGACAGCCUAAAUCGACAGCGGGAGGAAGGACGGCUCUGUGACCUCUCGAUCCAGGUGCAGGGACAGGUGUUCAGGGCCCACCGCUGUGUGCUGGCUGCCUCCUCGCCAUACUUUCACGAUCAGGUGUUGCUGAAGAAUGUGACGACAGUGUCUCUGCCCUCUGUCAUGGACCCUGUGGCCUUUGAGAGUGUCCUGAGUUCAGCCUACACCGGCCAACUGAGCAUAGUGCGUGAUGACAUUGUCAACUACGUGACGGUAGCCAGCUUCCUCCAGAUGUGGCAUAUUGUUGACAAGUGUACAGAGAUCCUGAAGAGACCUCGACCCCCAGCAGAAUGCAACCCUGGGGAUGCUGCAGCUGCCACACACCAUGGUGCCUCCUCAAGGCAGCAGUCCCCAAGCAGCACCGACUGCCUAUACAUGGAGAGAGAGGGGAAAGGUAAGGAGAGGAGGCCCUAUGGCCAGGAGCAGAAUUCUCUGCCUCCAUUGGCCACGUGGAGGAGGCCCCAGCAGUUCCCCAGGUGGAGCCGCCCCAGGUCCUCACCCCAGCAAGUCAUAUCCAUGCCUGCCCAGCACCUAGCUGACUCACACCUGGACUACCACCCUGCUGGGGAGAGUGACUACUCCAGCUGUGAGGAGGUGUGGAUGUCCAGCCACAGCAAAGCCAGCCCCCUAAGCCAUCAUGAUGGGAGAGGACUGGACCAUAGCCACACCAGGCAUGGGGGGAUGCCUGGUGAGUCGUUGAGACUGAGAGCUAGACUGAGACAGAGGGCAGUGCCACCAAGUGCUGAGAAACUCCAUGGCAGGGAUAGAGGAAGUGGAGGGGGCUUUGGGGAAGAGCCUCAGGAGAAGAGAGGGACUGAAAGAGGGACUGAAAGAGGGAUUGAAGCAAAUGAAGAAAUGGGGGAAGAGGAGAAAAGGGAGGUGCCUGAGCGAAGAGGAAACUCUGGAGACUUCCACACUAGUGUACACCAAGUUGAAGAGGGAGGACAGCCAGAGGGGAAAAAUAGCUCAGGGGAGCUGCAGAAGAAAGAGGAGAGACCGCUGGGGAGAAGCUCAGCCCUGACUUCUCCUCAUGUUGUGGAUCCAGAUGAUGUGAUUCCUGGCCCUUCCUGCCCAGCUCCUACACCCUCAUCCCGGAUGCAGUGGCAGGCCGGUCCCUGGUCUCAGCAAGUAGUGAGGCCGCAAGCUGGAGAGGAAUACUACAGAAGAGAAGACGAUGAAGAAGAUGAGGAGGAAGUGGACUUUGGCCGAUUUGCAGAUGGUGCUUUUGGAAGGGGCACCUAUGAUGAGAUUGAGGAUGGCACCGGGCAAGUUUCUCAGAGACCCUUAGUACCUGACUCUCCUGAUGACAAUGACUUUAUCCUGGGGGCCCAAGAGUUGAACUGGCCCUCUGGGGCAGACAUGACCCAUGGUGGUGGUACCCCAACCUCCAGCUGCCACCUGUCCCCAUCCCCUGCUCCAUUCCCCCCUUCCUCCUCACCCCCCAUCCCCUCUUCCUCCUCCCUCUCCCUUGCCGGGGCCCCUUACACGGGCAAAGUGCACUUCUGCCACUGUGGGAAGGCCUACACCCUGAAGAGCAUGCGUGACCGCCACGUCAAGAUGCAGCACCUCAACCUGCGGCCCUUCGCCUGCCCUGUGUGCACCAAGAGCUUCAAGAUGAAGCACCACCUGACCAAGCACCUGAAGACCCAUGGUGGGCUGCGGCCUUAUGAGUGUGGCCUGUGUGGGAAGAAGGUAAUCUGGAGGGACAGUUUCCUGCGCCACCAGGCCCGCUGUGAGAGACUGGCCUCCAGCUGUGAUGGCGCUGCUGCCAGUAGUAACACCAGAGCGGCUGCCGACAUGGACGAUGGUUAUGCUUAUGGAUUCGGGGAGGGGUUUCUCUCACAGGGCGGGCAGGUGAAAGUGGAGCAGGCAGACUUUCAGGGGGAGGCGGAGUCUGGGAUGAGUGGGUUGUUAGGGGUUGGGGCUGAGUUAGGCUCUCAGUCAAGGACUCUGGUUAGUCACAACUUUAAGGAGGAAGCCAGCGACAGGUUUAGCUGAAGCUAAAUGAGGGAAACUGGUGGAAUAUAGGGCCCACAGCACUUGAAUUGAGUAUUAGAUUGGUUGACGAUUAUGCUCAUAAUGGUCCAUGUGUAAACCAUUAACACUCCAAUCCAUGUUAAUGCACCUGUUUGUGAACAACUAUUCUAUGAGGGACAUUUAUGUUUUAUUAUUUAUUUAAAUGACUAUCCCAUCAUGCUAUUGAUAUCUCGAAAGAGGGCACAAACAUGUCAUUUGCGUGAUGUGAGUCUAUACAUUUUGCAUAUUUAAAUGAGCCAAUUUAUCUUAUGAGCUGUCUUGUGAAUGUAUUUGAGUCACAAUAAAAUCUUGUUUGCACAGA